AUGGCUAUAGGUGGCAUCGAUAAACAAGAAACGGUCAGAUUGAGAAAACGACAGGCAAGACAAUUUAAACGUUCAAUGAAAGGAGUCAAAAAGUUUUGCUCAACACAAGGUUCUAAUAUUGUUUCAACAGCUUUGGAUGAAGACGAGACGCAUAUCAAUUUUUCCAAAACCAACCUGGCAACAGAAACACUUCUGACAAACCUGUCAUUUACAAAUACACCAACAACAACAUUCGCUAAUCGAAAUUUACUGCAGUUACCAACAUUGGCAAAAGUUUGUGAUAGAUAUCGAUUGUCUACACGAUCUGCUGCUGCUGUUGCUUUUGCCGUUUUAGUUGACGUAGGAGUCCGUUACCAUCGCAAAGUGGUUUUAGAAGAGCAUAUUUCAAUUUUAUCUGAACCUAAUUCUAUUUUUUUGGGACACACAUCGCCAUGUCGUGGAACCGCAAAAGAAAUUUUUACUUCAAUCAUAACUUUAUUAAAAAAUCGAAAUUACAAUUUAAAUGACGUAAUUUGCGUUGGAUGUGGUGGAACUGCAACUGAUACCGGGUGGAAAGGUGGUGUAAUUAAAUACCUUGAAGAGUAUUUGGAUAGACCUUUACAAUGGUGUGUUUGUAUGCUUCAUGCUAACGAGCUACCUUUUCGUCAUUUAUUCUUGGCUUUAGAUGGCUGCACUUCAGGUCCUAGAGAAUAUUCAGGGCCUAUUGGAAAACAAUUAGCUACUUGCGAAAAUAAAACUACGUUGCUUUUUCAACCACUGACCGGUCAUUUGCCUGAUUUAACGAAAAAUGUAGUUAAUGAACUGAGUACAGAUCAAAAAUAUCUCUAUGAAAUAUGUCAAGCAGUAUUAACUGGUUCCUGUAGUCCUGAGCUCGCAAACCGUCAACCUGGAAAUCUAUCUCAUUCAAGAUGGCUUACUUGUGCCAACCGUUUACUUAGACUAUAUGUAAGUACUCCUGAUCCAUCAGAAAGUUUGCAAAUACUUGUCGAAUAUGUAGUUAAAGUAUAUGCUCCUAUUUUGUUUUCAAUUAAACAAAAAACAUUUUUUAAAGAUGGAGCUAAGCAUAUUUUUAAUUUAAUUUUAUUCUCUCGAUAUUUACCAACAAAUCUAAGAACAAUUGUAGAUUCUGUAAUUGAGAGAAAUGCUUUUUAUGCACAUCCAGAAAACCUUCUUGUUAGUAUGUUAUUUGACGACAGAGACUAUAUUUGGGAACUAGCAUGUCGAAGAAUAAUAAAAGCUAGAAAUACUGACAAUGGUUUCAAACAGAGAAUAUUUAAAACACCGAAGCUUAACUUCUCUGCUAAAGAUUAUACUGAAAUUAUUUCGUGGCAGGAGCGUCAAGUUACAGUACCACCUGUGCUUCGGGAUGUUACUAAUGACGAACUCGAAAAGAUGGCAAAAGAUGGAAGCCUUAAAAUUGUUGAUUUUCCUUGCCACACACAAUCAGUAGAGAGAUGUGUUAAACUGUUAACAGAAGCAUCACAGAGUGUGACUAAUGUUAAUUCGAGAGAUGGUUUCGUAAGAACCACGUUACAAAGUCGAGUUGAAUUUCCAAUUUUCGGACAUAAAAAUAAAUUCAAAUUUUAA